AUGUUGCUCUUCAACGGCACAUCCUUCUGUUUGAAAGUUUGUCUAACACUUUGCGUAAUUAACAGCGGCUUUGCGCUCCGGCAAGAUUCCAGCAAGUCAUACGGGCAGCUACUGCAUCAUAUUAAUGGUCUAUUGGAUAUAUUAUCGUGCGAACUGAAGCUUAAUGCUAAUGCCAAGUUUGCAUUGUUGCUUGGCGAAUUUCUGAUAAAGCAAAAAAUGCGGCACGUGGAGCCCACUCGCUAUGAGAACCAAGUGUAUUACCAUUUGCUUCAUAGAACAGGAAAUAUUCGACGCAAGGCGCAGGAUAGCGAUAUCAGCGGCUUGCAGAAAGAGAUUCUGGAUAAUGCAUUUCAACGUAAUGUGUUGUUAUUGCCGCCAUCUUUGAAAUAUGGAGCGCUAAAUGCAAAUGCUGAAUAUGAAAAACUGGCCAUAAACUAUGAGAGCUUUGUAAACGAAGGCAUGCCAAAUAGAACAGUAUCGGACCAGUGCAUGCGCGAUAUCGUGGCAAUGCCCAAUUGCAAACUAAACCUGGGUUGUAUGGACCUGCUGACGACUGAGGCGCCGACCUACGGCUAUCAACGCACACACCAACUGAUCCUGCUAUACAUGCUAGAGCAUAACGAAUGUGCGCCCCAUCUGGGUCCCCUCCAACUCUAUGAACUGUUGGCCAAGACUUUUUGCAAUGAAGUGCUGCGUGAACAGAACGCUAUACGCAGCUUGGGAUUGCCAUUAAAAUAUCGCGAUUUAUAUUUGGAACAGGCUACUAUUUGUGGACUUUUUGGAUACAAUGAAUUCCUCAAUUGGCACAAUGUAGUUGAGGUUUCCAGUUGGUUUGACGAAGCGAGGACUUCGCAAAUUUCGAAUAGGCAUCUUAAUGAUCUGGCCUUGGUAUUCUAUAUAAAUGCGCUGCUACUAUUGGAUUAGGCGUUCCUUAUUGCUAAAAGCUUUUC